ACUAUCAUGUCCAUCGAAAGAAUCAACUCGUCUGAGAACUCCUCGUUCACUCGCAUUCUCUCUCAUGCGACCAAGGUCUCCGGCCUGGGGUUGAUCUUCCUUAGUGGUACAACUCCCGUUGAUAAGACCGGAACACUCGUUCCUGGAGGAAUACAAGAGCAUACGGCUCAGUGUCUGACCAACCUAGGAAACGUCUUGGCAGCGUCAGGCUCCUCGUGGGAGAAGGUCAUUAAGGUUAACGUAUAUUUGAAAGACAUGGACAACUUCGCAGCCAUGAACGAGAUCUACGAGAAGAUGCUGCCUAAUCCAAAGCCUUCCAGGACUUGUAUCCAGGCCGCCAAGCUUCCAAACGAUGUUGACAUCGAGAUCGAAGCCAUUGCAGCUGUAUAAUAUGGAGUACUAUGAUGCGGAAUACGUAGCGAAUGCAAGGAUUAAAUCCAUGAAGCUAGUGCCAAUGACCAUCUUUGCUGGAGCAGAAUUAAGAGUCGUAGUGUAGGCGGUUAAAAGUUCGCAAAGAUAUGUGGACCAGUUGCAAGCGGCGGCACAUUUGCCUAUCAGGCAUAGUAGGAACGGAGUGUCCGUUGUCCGACGCUUCCCGGA